AUGGCCUCCACCACCACCACCACAAACGGCACUUCUCAUGCCGCACCGCCCCCAGAACCGUCUCGACCGCUAAACAUCACAAUCUGCGGCGCCGGCAUCGGCGGCCUCAGCGCCGCAAUCUUCCUCCGCAAACAAGGCCAUGCCGUAACCCUCCUCGAAGCCUCGCGCUUCGCCAACGAACUCGGCGCAGCCGUGCAUCUCGCACCCAACGCAAACGGCCUGCUCCGCCGCAUGGGCUACAUCCCCGAGCAACACGGCGCGGUAGACUGUCUGCGAAUGUCGCAGUUUUUACCAACGGGCAAACAGCUAUUUAGCAUAGACCUCAAGGCCGAUGCGGGCCGCUGGUUGUAUCCGUGGCAGCUUGCCCACCGCGUUACGCUGCACAGCGAACUCAAGCGCAUGGCGACGUGUGAGGAAGGGCAGGGCCCCCCAGCGGUGCUGAGGUUGCGGUCGAAAGUCGUGGAUGUAGAUGCGAAAGAAGGUGUUGUUAUUUUAGAAGGCGGCGAGCGUGUUCACGGUGAUGUGAUUGUUGGUGCCGACGGGGUACAUUCACGAACACGCCCACGCAUUCCGGGGGCUGAAAACGUAAAGACGUUUGGAAGUGGGAAGAGUGCGUUUCGUUUCCUGAUUUCUCGCCAAAAAGCCUACGACGACCCUGACACGCGCAAGUUUGCGGAUCAAGACGGUCAUCUUAUUCUGACGUUUGGGAGGGAUAGACGGGUUGUUGUGUAUCCCACGUCGGAUAAUACGUUGUUGAAUUUCGUCUGUAUCCAUCCGACGGCUGAGAGCCAGAUCCAGAGCGAGGAGCCUGGUAGUGCGGACUGGCAGAAUCAAGGUAAUCUGAGUAAGAUGUUGGAGGUGUACAAGGAUUGGGAACCGGCGAUGCUCAAGUUGCUAUCCAUGGCGGAUGAGGAGACACUCAAGGUGUGGGAGUUGUUGGAUAUGGAACAAUUGCCUACUUGGACAGAGGAGAAAUUGGUGUUGAUUGGUGACGCUGCUCAUCCUUUUACUCCGCACCAAGGCCAAGGCGCCGGCCAAGCAAUCGAAGACGCCGCCUCCCUCGCCGUCAUGCUGCCCCCCUCCACCCCCCUCUCAACCAUCCCCGCCCGGCUCAAGUUAUACGAAAAAUGCCGCUUCAAACGCGCCUCCACCAUCCAAGAGUUCUCCCGCCUCUCCGGCCGCGACCUAGGGUCCGGCCCGCCCGUCGACGCAAAAGCAAUGACAAACUACAAUUUCGGCCACGACGAAUGGGACUACUCGACACAGAUGCUGCGGGAGUGGGAGUGGGAACAACAACAACAACAACAGCAAAGUAAGAAUUUACUCUGGCGUAUGCCCACGGCGUUUGGUCCCAUGCCAGGACCGCGGCAGGACCACUACGGUCGAAGUCGCGAUGGUAGUACCGCGGGUUUCAAAACGGCGAGUAUACGGUUUCGAACGUCCAGGACGGUGUUGCAAGGUCUUUUGCCAAGGGGAAGUUCGUUACAGUUUGCAGCGGCGGAUACAGCGGCGUAUGCAACGUUUGCGGUAACCCAACUGCAUGACUUGGAGUGGCUUGGUGGGAGGGGGUAUAACCAUUUCGGCCUGUACAUUCACGGCGUGCAACACACAUCCGGUGUCGAUGGGUCCACAGUACAAGGCACAUACCUCCCCAUCCUCUUCGAGAACCUCGCCGACCCCAUUCUGAGCGGGAGGGAUGAACUCGGUUUCCCCAAAGUAUUUGCAGACGUUGAUUUCAAGAAUGAGGCCGGGGGGUGCGAGAUGACGGCUAGUUGGAUGGGCUCUGCGUUUUGUAAAAUGAGUCUGGGGGAUUUACAGGAUGCGCCUGCUACUAAUGGUACCCAUCCUACUCCUGCUGCUCCUGUCAGUGAGCAUGCCCCGCCCCCAGCACCGAAAGACACGGGACUUCUCCUACACAAAUACAUACCAGCCACUGCUCCACGCGGUAGCAAAGACCGCGGUCAGGCAGACGUAGAGUACACGACGUACGUGCCCGACGACGAGGAAGCGAAGACUGUAGAGCGCAAAGUUGAGCGGACGCUCAAGGCGGGGUCGGCGAGUAUUAGUUUCGAUGCGUUGGAUUGGAAGGCGUUGCCUACGCUACAUCAUGUUGUGGGGCGGUUGGCGGAGAUACCUGUGUAUGAGGUUGUGGAGGCGAAGGUGGUGGAGGGGAGGGGAGUUGGUGAUGUUGGCUCUAUCAGGAGGUUAGGUUAG